UGAAGAGCGCUGUAUAAACCUGUCAGAGAGAGGGACUGGGGCUGCACAGCACACAGCACUAACACAGUACCUGGUGGAUUGUAAAGUGGACCAGCAUUGGCACAGCUGUCUGCAGGAGAUCUUCUCCUCCUCCCCCCUCCCCUCAAACCCCUACCCCAGAGUGGUGAAUGAGUUCAGGAGGGCAGCGCUAAGGAUGGAGCUGUGGGGGGAGUGUGACUCUGAGAUCCUGCAGCGAGCCCUGCCUGGGACCCCAGCACUGUCACAGCAGGGUCCCCUCUUUGACUGCGGCCUCCGGAGUGCUCUGAGAGCGGCACACCCCACACUGCUUCACUCCACUCUGCGCAGGGCAGCACCCCUGAGCAGCAGCCCAGCCAGAGCGGGGUCCUUCAAGGUGAGGAUGGCCCUGGCCAUACAGCCCCCCUCCUCCUGGCUGGGCACGCUCAGUCCCUUCCUCUGCUCCCUCCAAGCGACCGAGUUCUGUUACAUCACAGCGCCCCCCGGCUGCCUCUCCGAGGUACUGCAGGCCUACGCCAGAAUCGUGCACUCCCAGUUAGGUGAGCUGGGGAAGAGAGAGGACCUCACGCCCUUCUCUGUGCACCUGGGCCGGGGAGAGGUGUGGGGGCAGGAGCGGGUACUGAGCUUCCCCUGUGCCUUCACCGAGCGCGUCAUACAGGACCUGAGGGCUGGGCACGCUCUCCGCAUUGAGGUGUUCCAGACCCCCUCCCAGUCGGAGUGGCGUUUCGUCCCCCUUGUGAAGCACUUGAUCCUGUAUUACAUCCAGGAGGGGCAGGGAGGCUGGCUGUGCUUCCCCAAACACGAUCCCAUCAGCAUCUAUCAGGCAGUGUUUCAAACCAGGGACCAGGCAGCUUUUCACAGCCAGGCAGUGGGGCCAGUGGGCGACCCUUUCAGCAGUGCAAACCUACAGGAAGUGAUGUCAGCCCUGGAGCCCCAGAUUGGAGACAGCUUCCAGAAGGGAGACCUGCUGCAGACAUACAGGCUGAUUGCUCUGCGAUCCCUGAUUACCGGAGAGUUGCGCUGCCUCCCUGCGUGUUGGAGGAUGAUGCACAGUGUGUCGGCACAACUCGAAUACCUGAACACUGUCAACCAAGCAUUGCAGGAUAUUUUGCAGCUCAGUGGAGAAGCAGAGGAGACAGCGAGCGGGCCAGAGAGCAGAGAGAGGAGACAGGCUGGGAUGCAGGACCAAGCGUCUAUAGAGGCCGUGCUGUCUGGCUACCAGGAGAUUGUGAAGAGAACGCUGCAGCACCCCAGCUCUCUGUCGCCGCCUGGGCUGUGGGAGAGGGUACUGCAGCGCCGCCCUGCUGGCUCAGCUUGGCUCCAGCACGUCUCUGCAGCCUGCCAGUGCCUGUCGGACAGUGUGGCCUGGGAGCUGCACCCGCUGUGCCCUGAGAUCAGCACUCUGCUGGGCAGCCUGGGCAGGGAGAGAGUGCGAGAGCAGCUCCAUUCUGCAGCACCGCCCCCUCCUGGAGAGGAGGUCAGCCCCAGACAUGCUGAGCUGAGCAGAGACACAAAGACACACCCCACUGCACAGCAAGCACUGGACAACUGGUGACAGCCAUUCCAGAUCAGCUUUCUGUGCAACCAAAACGCUUCAUGAAAGAAAGACCAGAGAGCAACAAGCAACUCAUAGCAGACAGCCCAUUGGGAGUUAGCACAACACCACCACUGUACCUGAAUACACCUCCCACUACCAUCCUCCCACAUCUCCUCAUUCCUUUAUUUGCAUUUUAUUUAACUCUUGCAUUGACUUUUGUAAUUCUCUCGCCUUUAUGUGAUGUGAUUUAUUUUCCUCUCUUUUCUGUUCUAACUAGCCCCUCACCCCUCUGCAAGCUUCCUGUCCCAUUGGUGGAUAAUCAGGACACACCCACCCCUCGUCAUGUGACCAGCUGAUUGGAUUAUGCUUCUAUAUUAUUCUGUAAUACUGCUCCUCUGUCAUCAUUGAGUCAUGCAUGAUCGUGCAAUGCCUACUUUGUCCACAAGGUGGGGCUCUAGCUCUACCCCCACAGCAGUGUGUGAAAUCUGAAAAAGAAGACAUUGAAUUAUGUGAUAAAAAAUCUCACAUAGCUCCCUGUAUAUUUAAUACACGACAUUAUAUAUAUAUAUAUAUAUAUGCUUUGAACUAAUAUUAUUAUUAUUAUUAUUUAUUUCUUAGCAGACGCCCUUAUCCAUAAACAAAAAUAUAUUUCAAGAAUCAACGUACAAGUAUUAAUACAAUUAAGAGCAAGGUAAAAUACAUAUAUAUAUAUAUAU